AUGAGCACGCCGUCGACCGCCACGGCCACGCUCCCGCCCCAUCAUCAAUUCUAUCCUCACCACCCGACGUACCCGACGAGCCUGCCCAAUGCCAACCAGCUCGCAAAUGCCCCGGCUCGACUAGGCAAUUCCACAUACAACGGCUACGCUAGCGGCGCCUCGAACCCUGGCGCUGAGAUGCGCCGCACUGCGAGCACCCACAGCAGGCACCCGCAUCAGCUGCCGCCGCUCCCCCAACCCGCGGCCGCCGACAUGGGCGCGCCCGCGGCCGACUCCAGUGACGACCUCACGCGGCGCCGCACCGACUGGAACGACUUCUACAGGAACGGCCUGCCGAAGGAGGUUAUUGUCAUCGACGACGACGACGAUGACGACGACAACGACAACAACGCGCCACGGCCACCACAGGCGCCCGCGCUGCAGAGGACGGCCACGAACGGCUCCGUACGCCACACGGACAAGAAGCGCAAGACCACCGCCGGCACGACCGCGUACGACCCCGUCUACAACCAGCACACGUCGUACUCGACCACCCAGACGCCCUACUACGACUCGCCCAACCACUCCAUCUCCACCGACAGGACCACGUCUGCGCUCAACACGACCGCCGCCACCUCGCUCGGCUCCCAGGUGAGCACCGGCCACCACAUCUCGCCGCUCGAGAACACCGCAGUCGGCCAGAAGAGGAAGCGCACACGAGCAGCCGCCCAGGACGAGGCCAAGCAGGCGAAGCGACGGGACCUCGACGACCGCGACCCCUUCAGCCUGUACCAGCCGCCGCCGAAUCCGGUCGUCAAGGCAAAGGACGUCUACGUCCAGGUUGUUGCAGACGUAAGGCUCGCUCUAAUGCACGGACGAAUGUGUGCUGACUGCUUGCAGAAGAGCAACUACAAGGACCAGAAGGUCGACGACGAGGACGGCCACUACGUCGUUGUACCAGAGGCCGACCUCACUGAGCGAUACCAGAUCCUGAAGCUCCUGGGCCAGGGCACCUUCGGCAAGGUCGUCGAAGCCUGGGACCGGAGGAAGGGCACCAAGUGCGCCAUCAAGGUCAUCCGCUCAGUACCAAAGUACCGUGACGCCAGCCGCAUCGAGCUGCGUGUGCUCUCGACACUCGCGUCCAACGACAAGCACAACAUCAACCGCUGCAUCCACUUACGAGACUGCUUCGACUUUCGUAACCACAUCUGCAUCGUCACCGACCUGUACGGACAAAGCGUCUUCGACUUCCUCAAAAGCAACAGUUUCGUGCCCUUUCCGAGCUCACACAUACAAAAAUUUGCCAAGCAGCUGUUCACGAGCGUUGCUUUCCUGCACGACUUGAACCUCAUCCACACCGAUCUCAAGCCCGAGAACAUCCUCCUGGUGCAGAACGCCUACCAGACAUUUACGUACAACCGCACAGUCCCAUCGUCGUCCACGACGGUCAACCGCACAGCAAGACAUCGCAAGGUCCUGCUUGACCCGGAGAUUCGACUCAUCGACUUUGGAUCAGCCACCUUUAACGACGAGUAUCACUCUUCGGUGGUCUCAACACGGCAUUACCGCGCACCGGAGAUCAUACUCAACCUUGGAUGGAGCUUCCCCUGCGACAUCUGGAGCAUAGGGUGUAUCCUAGUCGAGUUCUUCACUGGCGACGCCCUGUUCCAAACGCACGAUAAUCUCGAGCAUCUGGCUAUGAUGGAGGCCGUGUGCGGUGGCAAGAUUGAUCGAGACAUUGUCAGAGCAGUCUACAAACAAGACCGCACCAACUCUCGCAACUCUGCCAACUCUGCUGCACGAUACUUCAAAAACUACAAACUGGACUACCCCAACAAUGACAUCAACAAGGCGUCGAAGAAGUACGUCAAGGCGAUGAAGAAGCUCCACGAAACAAUACCUGGGCACACCGACUUCAACAAGCAGUUCCUCGACCUCCUGAGACGGAUAUUCGUAUACGACCCCAAGAAGCGCAUAACGGCCAAGGAAGCGUUGCAACAUCCGUGGUUCAAGGAGUCGCUCAUGGACGACGGCACAGAAGCGCACAAGAUCCGUCUGGAACGAGAAAAGAAGGCUAGGCGCCAAGAAGAAGAGCGGCGGUACCAGCGAGAGCAA